AUGGCUACCUCCGCUGCUGCUCCACGUCAGUUGUCUCAGAAGGAAGCUGAUAUUCAGAUGAUGUUGGCGGCCGACGUCCACCUCGGCACCAAGAACUGUGACUUCCAGAUGGAGCGAUAUAUCUUCAAACGCAGAAAUGACGGUAUUUAUAUUAUCAAUCUUGGAAAGACCUGGGAGAAACUUCAGUUGGCUGCCAGAGUCAUUGUUGCCGUUGAAAACCCUCAGGACAUCAUUGUCCAAUCUGCAAGGCCUUAUGGACAGAGAGCCGUUCUUAAGUUUGCUCAGUACACCGGAGCUCAUGCUAUUGCCGGAAGACACACUCCUGGAACCUUCACCAAUCAGCUCCAAACUUCCUUCAGUGAGCCUCGUCUUCUCAUCCUCACUGAUCCAAGAACUGAUCACCAGCCAAUCAAGGAAGCUGCCCUUGGAAACAUUCCUACAAUUGCUUUCUGUGACACUGAUUCUCCUAUGAGAUACGUUGACAUUGGAAUUCCUGCUAACAACAAGGGGAAGCACAGCAUAGGUUGUCUCUUCUGGCUUUUGGCUAGGAUGGUAUUGCAGAUGCGUGGUACUAUUCGCCCUGGUCUCAAGUGGGAUGUGAUGGUGGAUCUAUUCUUCUACAGAGAACCCGAAGAGGCCAAAGAGCAAGAGGAGGAUGAAGUUCCUGUUCCUGAAUACGCCAUUGCUGACUUCAAUGCUGCUGUUCCAUCAGAUGGUCAGUGGCCUGCAGCCAUUGAUCAAUCUUGGCCGGAUGCAGCUCCACAGCCUAUUCCAGCAGUUCCUGCUGUCAACUGGACAGCCCCAGAAGCUGUUGCAGGGGAAUGGGGUGAAGCUGUUCCACCUCCACAACAAAUUCCUACUCCUGGAAUUGAAUCUGUGGCAGCUACAGGCUGGGAAUAA